GUCUCUCUUGUCCCUGCUGCUCACUCAUUUGUGAGUCCAGUCUGGUGUGGAAGUGGGUUGGAAGAUGGCGCUCAUUGUGCAGCAUUCCCUGCUCGCUCUGCUUCUUCUAGGAACUGACGCGCUCAUCAGGAUUCAUGCUCAAGAGACCGCCGCUUCUGAGGCAUGGACCUCCAAGUCCUGCAAAUGCGACUGCGAUGGAACCGAAUCUCCAACAGAGUUUUCCAUCAUGGGGUCUGGCUCUAUGGUGAAAGGAGUGGAUUGCAUGCCAGAGUGUCCGUAUCACAGGCCUCUUGGAUUCGAGGCAGGAUCUGUGAGUCCAGGCCAAGUCACCUGCUCUAACCAGGACCAGUACACCGGGUGGUUCUCCUCAUGGGUCCCGAGCAAAGCCAGGCUCAACAGCCAAGGCUUCGGGUGUGCUUGGCUGUCCAAAUUCCAGGACAACAGUCAGUGGCUGCAGAUCGACCUGAAGGAGGUGAUGGUGGUUUCGGGGAUCCUCUCUCAGGGCCGCUGUGACGCCGACGAGUGGGUCACCAAGUACAGCGUCCAGUACCGCACCGACGAGAAGCUCAACUGGAUUUAUUACAAAGACCAAACUGGAAACAACAGAGUGUUUUAUGGAAACUCUGACCGCUCUUCAUCCGUCCAGAACCUCCUCCGGCCGCCCAUUGUGGCUCGCUACAUCCGCAUUCUCCCCCUCGGAUGGCACACUCGCAUUGCCCUGCGCCUGGAGUUGCUGCUCUGCAUGAAGAAGUGCAUGUGAAUCUCUCCUCCUUGCCUCCCUCAGAGCGUUGUCCCAGACCCUGCGUGGUGUUUGAUUAUGUAUUCACAGAUCUCCUGAAAAACAAAUUGACCCUGAAAUAUUCACGACCUCAAACCGUUUCUACAUCCGACGUGCUUCCAUUAAAGUAGGUUUGUUUGAUAUGUACAACGUGCUUUCAUUCAGUCCGCCCUGCUUUGUCUGUGCCACACCAGUCUCUCUCACCGGGGCUCCAGUUUUUGAAGAGUUCUCAAUGGGUGGCUCAGUUUGCAAUGAAAUGGCAUAAAUUCAAAGCAAUAAUUAGUGGCUGAGGAGAAGAGGCAGCGUUGCUAUGAGGGGUUCGUUGCCACAGGUUUGUGGUGUUGUGUGAAGGAACCAGACAGUCCAUGAAAUACACACCGAGUCUAUUCGUAAGUUAAAUAUGUGACAUUAUGAAAAACAUCCCACAAAAAAAAAAAAACCGAACUGUUUCUGUUCUUGAACCCAGAAUAGCGAGAUAGUUUGAUUUUAUUCUCUUUCCAUAAAAAAGUAAAAUUAAUUAAAAUCUUUAGCAGAAGGUGAAAGGUUUCCUUGUCCACUUUGUCUUAAAUUAAAGAUAGUAGAUAUAUUCUGAAAAUAAAUGUGAGCUACUUUAAGUAUUUAUUUUUUGGUAGAGUGAUGUCACAAGCGCUUACUGUACAGUUUGUUUCUCUCUGUUUGGCAAACGGGACUCAUCGCUGCAUGGAACGAUGAGGUGCAACCCAUAAAUAAUAUGUGAAUGUAAACAGCCAAUAUGCAAACAAUAAGAAUGAUCUAGAGGCCAAGUUUUCAUUUUUGUGUUGUUCCACAGAACAAAUGCAAAAGCUGCUAUGGUAGAGAGCUGUUUAGUGUGAAGACAUUGUUGGUUUACAAAUCAAAUCUACAUUUUACUACAAACAUAUUUUCAUUUGCUUUGUUUCAAACUUUUUGGAACCUGUGAUUUAAAACAUAAUUUCAUUGAUUACCGAAUUUGAUCAGUAUUUUACCCCAGUGACUUUAUGAUUCAUAAAAGGCAAACAGAAACAUUCAGUAGGUUUACAUUUCCGGAUGCCAAAACAGGGCUGCUUCCCAUUUAAAUACCUUCUCCUAUUCUUCUUGUUUACUUAUUUUUUUUUGUUAGUUCUUUUUCCGGGUAACUUCACUGUUGCCGUAUUGUGUUUGUGAUGAAAUGUCUCAUUUUUUUCCCCCCAUGAUGCUUUGGGAUGCACUCCUGAGUCAAAGACGUGUCCUUUAUUGUACCUUUAAAUUGUUUUCCUAGAUUAAACCCACACACGUGUCAUGUCUGUUUUUUUUUUUAUGUUUUCUUAAAUUUUUUUUAUGUUGUGUCUGUGGAACAAAAGAUAUGACUCGUGCAAAAAAAUGUACAGUCGGUAUUUAUUAUGAGACCCUAUCAUAUUUUAAUUAGAAUGGUCAGCAUAGAUACACUCUGCUAUUUGUAUUUACACCCUGACAGAGGUGGAAAAUAGCUAAUGGAGAAACAGAAAAUAAAAGUAGAAGAUGUUUUAGGAAACACAUUCAUAUUUGGGAACAGAACGUCAUCUUCCCGCGUUUGAGUGACUGGAGCCUUUUGUACCAAGAACUGCUGAGUCAGCGAGCUAACUGUAAGGCUUCGGGUCACUGGCAAGGCAAGCGUUGUCACCCCUCUGUCCACAAAGGACAUAAACAAACCCACAUCAGCAGUCAUUUACAAUCAUUAGCACUAAGUGUUUGCACAAAUGCACAGCUUCAUGGGGCAGUGUGUUUGAUUUGAGCCAGGCUCGGUGAGAUACAGGAGCACUGGUAAAAUAUUGCAGGAUGAUGGCACUAUUUUCACUUCCCAGCUUCACAAUAUACUGCAGGAAGUCAUCUAUGCUUCAGUUUAAUUUUUAGAUGUGACCAACCCACACAACUUUGAGAUUAUUUCUUGAUGUUAUUGCUUUCAAUCAGCCAUGUUGUCAAUUGGUUCUCCGUUAAAUUGAAGCUGCAUUCUAGUAGAAGUGAUCUUUAUGUUCAUCUUUGAGUAAAAUGUGUAAUGAUUCUAAUACUCUGAUGGAGGAAGGAACGAUGAACACUGCUGGAGAUUAGAGGAGACAUUGCGCUAUAACUUCACAAAGUGUUAUUUUUUUUUUUUUCAUCCACACGUCACAAGAUAAGGUGAUCUUUUUAUUAUUAUUAUUAUUAUUUUAAAUAAUCAAGUUUUGAGUAAAUUCAUCCCUGAUCGUGACUGCUGAUGUUAAAAGUAAUGCAAACAGGGAAAUCAAAUUUCAGAUGUUUAAAAUUGUUUACAAAAGAGGCAUUUACAAAAAGGUGAUGGCACGAGCUUUAAGAUGCACACGGAGGAUGUAAACAUAGAUUACAGAAUAAGUCUGGGAUAAUUUUGUGUAACCAGUUUCGGCAGUAAAAUCCAGUCCUAAAAGUAAAGCAAAGUUACAAAGAUUGUAUCGUUUGCGUCACUUGGCAUUUAAAAAGUUAGAAUAGAUCAACAUUUUUGGUUCGACUUUGUCAUAGUAAAAUAUUUUAAGCUUUCUAUUUGAAGUUCUUCAUCUGUGAAGAUGCAACUACUUUCUGUCAUGAUUUAGACACCUAAGCCAUCACUACAAUGAAGAGUUUUGAAAUUGACAGAAUAUUUUUUUGUUUUUUUUCGUGCUAACAAAUUCAUUUAUAAACUGAAUAACGUGGAGUCUGUGUUUGGACAAUGCCAGAUUCACAAACUUUUGGCUUUCAAGAAUUACAGUAUAAAAGUAUCCCCAGACUUAUCCCGAAAGAUCUUAAUGGCUGUAAGUGAGGUAUGCCUUUUUGAAACAAUCUUCAGAGUUGUAUGUCAUAUGUCUCAGUUCCAGAGGUCAACAUGAGCAAAGACGCCUGUUGCCUCAUGGGAAGGUUGUAGACAAACCCAAAAUGGCAGCAUGAAGCUGGAGAGCUGUUUGUUGUUACUGAUAAAAGACAGAAAAUUGGGGUAAAUUAAAAAAAAAACUGUCACCAGAAGUAGGACAUGAGUUGGUGAUGUAAAAACAAUUUGGACCAUAAAUAAUCGUAAAAAAUAGUAUUCCACCUUCAAUGUGAUAUAUACAGUUCAAUAAGUUAAAGAGAGAAAAAGAAAAAAAAAAUGAAAAAGCUGUCUUAACCGGCAAACUCAACUUUUUUAGAGUUACUUUCUUAUUCAGUUUCAGGAUUCUCUGCUUUACUCUCUUUAGUCUAUUUCUCAGCAAACACUUUGGAUAUAUAUGUAUUUUCAUAUGCCAUGUUCAUGACAAGAACAAUGCAGCUGCAUAUCAUUAAAAUGACACCACACUCAAAGUGAAGCAUAGUGUUGGCAGCAUCAUGCUCUGGGCUUACUUUUUUCAUCUGGAACUCAUGAUUUCAUUUCUAGCUUUGCUUCCAGUUCCAAACACCAUCUAAAUUAGACCUAAAAUGUUCAAGUGUUUGCUAAAAAAAAAACAAAAAAAAAAAAAAC